CAUAGUACAUUAAUGCACUAACCUAUAAUUGCAAAUCAUUCAAAACGUACACGUCAGUUUAUAAGAGUAGUUCAGUGGAAAAGACAUAAUGUCUGACGUGAGGAACUGGUUUAAUUCUCUGCCAAUAUUUACAAGAUAUUGGUUACUCUUAACUGGAGUCUUCACAUUAUUAGGAAGAUUCGGUAUUCUAAGUCCACUUUUAUUAAGAUUACAAUAUGACCGGUUUGUUCAUAAUUUUGAGAUUUGGAGAGCAGCAACCAGCGUCUUCUAUUAUCCAUUGAAUCCAGCAACAGGAUUUCACUUUUUGAUUAAUUGUUAUUUCCUUUACAAUUAUUCACUGAGACUUGAACGUGGAGAAUUUGAUGGAAGACCUGCUGAUUACUUCUUCAUGUUACUAUUCAAUUGGAUAUGCUGUGUUGUUGCUGGUCUUCUUGGAAACUUUGAACUAUUAAUGGAUCCAAUGAUUCUUAGUGUUCUUUAUGUAUGGUGUCAAUUGAAUAAGGAUACCAUCGUCAACUUUUGGUUUGGUACACAGUUUAAGGCAAUGUAUUUGCCUUGGGUAUUAUUUGCAUUCAAUAUGAUUAUUGCUGGAGGUGGAAUGCUAGAGCUGGUUGGGAUUUUAGUUGGUCACCUUUACUUCUUCUUGAAAUUCAAGUUUCCUCAGGAGUUUGGAGGAAGAGACUUACUGAGCACACCAGUAUUUCUUGAGUCAUACUUUCCACCACAGAGAGGCGGUAUCAGAGGUUUUGGUACAGCGCCAACACAGAGAGUGCCACAAACCCAACCUGGGAGAAAUGUCUUUGGUGGUCACAAUUGGGGACAAGGACAUGUUUUGGGACAAUAAUCACAACCAUUUUACUAAUGUACACUUAUACAAAAAAACCAUCAUGUUACACAUCAAGAUAUAAAAUUCCUCCAUAUUUUAUACUUUAUAAUUUGUUGGUAAUUCGAAAGGAUGAGGCAAAUAAAGUAAUCUAUUACUCGAUAAGGAUAUUAUCGUGGUAUGUAGCUAGUUCAAAAUAAACAAAGGAUGUUAUUUAUAACACACAAGUUUUAAUUAAUUGAAAAAUUCAAUGCAGUAAUUAUUGAAGUCCUUGAAAUCUCAGUGUUAUAUAGUGUUACUAAAAUGCGCUACUGUUCAUUAUUUAAGAGUCGAGGAAACCAGUAAGAUUAUGUAGAAUGAGAGAAUAGAGCUUCGUAAUACUGCUCCCUUACCUCACUCCUGAUCAAUGAUUAGUACUUUUUAAUUUCAUUUAUUAAUCAACCUAGAAUUGCUCAUCCUGGCAAUUCAUUGAAAUCCAAACUACAGGGAUAAAACCGCGUCCUAGUUAUGUACUUUUAACUUGAGAAAAGUAUCCAUUUUUUAUUUAUUAACGAUAAAAAAAUUGGUAAUGGGGAAUAUAUUAUUUUCGUCAUAUUUUCAAUUUUGAACAAUAGAUAUUUUCUUCAUCUCAACGAAAGUCAAACAAUUAUGAAGCCAUAACAGCAUUGUCGCUCUGAUCUUACAUGUUGAAAAACUCGAGAAUCUGAUGUGAUUCGAGUCUAGUUUCCCUGAGUUUUCCGAUACAUACAACUAGCCCAGUAAGUCGGUGAAAGUAACCUCAGAUAUAAUUUAUUUAAUUGUUAAUUCUUUUUUACACUUACGUGGAGAUCUAAAUGAGGCAAAUGCUUAAUUCUAAUAAUUUUAUCAGUAUCAAAGAUUUGUAUCUUGUGAAGUUGCAGUAGACAAUUUGGCUAUUACAAUGAUUUGCAACAUUACCACGAAUUUGUUAAUUUAAUAUAUGUAUAUAUUACUUACAUGUGUAAUUUUUUUAAAAAUUAUAAUCUCUGAAACAUUGAAUUUUUAUAUUGAAUUCAACUUAAUAGAUUAAUACUAUAUAAUGAAGAGAUACUGUUUAUUUUUUCAUGUAAUAUUUCCAUAUCUUGUAAAAUAUACAGUAAUGAAUUUUGGUAUUCCUUGACAGUACUAAAUAUUAUUGAUUAUUAUUCGUGCCAAUCCAUCAGCAUACCUUAAGAAAUUCCGUAAUUUUUUGUUUAAAUAUUAAAUGUUUUUAUUGUUAAUGGUAAUAAUCCUGUAUCUUUUAAGAUUUCAAUAAUAUCAUAAUGGAACCAAUUUCAAUAAUAACAGUCAUAGAAAUAUAAUAUUGUAUAAAAAACAAUAGAAUAAGUUAUUUAAUGGUUUUCAAAUUACUGAUAAAUAUUCACAUAUUUCAUUAAUUACAGUAUUUUCCUAUAUGCUAGCACUUAAUACUUGUAAAAACAUAUGUAACUUAAGGAGAAUAUUUUAAUUAUAAGCAUAUGUAUAAGUUCCUGUCAUUGGAUACAUUCUGUGGAAUAAGAAAUGAGUUAUUGCUGUAACAUAUAAUAUAAAAGUAAAGUCAUAGCCCAAGAGACAACUGUAUGCGAUAACUGUAGAUGAACUGUGAAGAACUUAAAUAAAAUCUUGGUCACGUGCAAA